AUGUCUCGUACAAAUAUCCAUCAGCGAACUCAUACAAGAUCAUCAGAAUUGGAAGACAUUCAUUGGUGUUGUUUACCUGCUAUUAUUUCUUUUGCUGAUUUCUUUCCAUUCUUAUUUCUAUAUGUUCGAUUACGACCGCAUCGUAAUGACUCAUCUCCUCCUGUUAAUUCCACUUCUCAAAAUAGUCAAACAUGGUUGGAACUCUAUGCUAAUUGUUCAUAUAAACAAAACUCUAGCGGAAACUAUUUACCCAUUUGUGAUAUAGCUGUUGAGCCAGUAUCCACCUUUUUCUUGGCUGUAGCUUUUCUUCUUGCUAUUACUCUUUUCAUCUACAAUUCAGUUACAAUGAUUCGAAUGCUUACACGAAGCCAACUCAUUUUUCGAACUAUUUUGCAUUUAAUAUAUGCCUUACUACUUUUUAUAACAGCAUUUAUCUAUACUUAUACGCGAGAUUGGUGUUCCAAUUGUAAACUAUUUCUUUCUCUUUGUAUUAUUCCGAUUUUAACAACAACAGGUUUGACUUGCAAUUGGUAUGACGAUACGGAGCGAUCCCAUCCACAUCAACAAAGAUUCGUACAAAAUCAAUCAAUUGAACUUGCACUUCUUCGAACAACCAACUCUAAUCAAUCGUCAUUAACAAUUCCUCGUCGUCCACCGCAAAAUAAUACUGAUCCUCAAUUAGAGAAUGAAUACAAUGAAUGGUUAGAAGCUCAACAACACCGGAACCAGUGA